CCUUCCCCAGUUUUCCCGUAUUAGGUAACGAAUUCCCCUCUUCUCCACAGAGCAACAGGAAACAGAGCUGGCACUUUCCCUUCUUCGUUUUUCUUUGUCACCCAAAACCUGAUCCCAAAACCUUCAAUUUCUCCAUUUAUCAUCUCCCCUCUUCACAAUCAGUUUUCUAUAUCAACAAGUGCUGCAAUAUUAUUUAAUUGGGGUCACAGGUUGGAUCUUCAAACUAUGAUGUGUUUAGCAACUUCAGAGGAGUAGCCACUCACAAUAUCUUCGUUGGUCAUCUUUACACUGCUCUAAAUGUUUGUGGAAUCCAUGCUUUCAUGGAUCGCAAAGAUCUGCAGAAAGGAGAAGAUAUUGAGGAGCUUCUCACUAUAAUAAAAGGCGCCAAGCUCUCUAUUGCCGUCUUCUCUCAAAGAUAUGUAGAAAGCAAAUGGUGUCUUCAGGAGCUUUCUCAGAUGGUAGAAUGUCAUAGAAACAAUGGUCAAAUCAUUUUACACAUUUUCUUCAAAGUUGAGACAUCAGAUGUUAAGAAUCAGAGUGGAUGUUUUGAGAUUUCAUCUCAGGGACAUAGUGAGGAGGCGUCUCAUGAAACUCUAUCGAGGUGGAAGGACGCUUUGAAAGCUGUAGGAGAUAUGAGUGGAUGGGUUUUUGAUGACAGGGGAAUGAAAUGGUUGAAGGUCUCCUCUUGGACUUCAAUACACAUGACAAUACUUGUUUACAUGCUAAAGACUUUGAGAAGAUGCCCAAGCUAAGAUUACUACAAGUUGAUGGAGCAACCUUGGAGGGGAGCUUUCAAUGUCUUCCUUUUGGGUUAAAAUGGCUCAGAUGGCACAAAUGUCCAUUGGAAACACUACCAGCCGAUUUUUAUCAUGAAUACCUAGUUAUACUUGACUUAAGUCAUGGUUUGUUUAGCCAAGCUUGGAAUAACUGGCAUGAAAAUAAGGUGAGUGGUAUUCAUCAUUUCUUCUCUUUGAUUUUACAACCAAGAGUAUUAUUAGACAUUAAUAUUUUAUACAACAAUCAUAACCUUAUCCCAACUAAAUUAGGCAUUAAUAUUUUAUAUUCAUCUUUAUUUGACAGAUGUUUCAGCAAUUGAAAGUUCUUAAACUCAGUCGUUGCUGUGAUUUGUUUAAAUCUCCCGACUUCUCAGGAGUUCCUUGCCUAGAGAAGUUGUAUCUUGAUAAGUGCAAUGCAUUGGCUGAUUUACAUGAAUCCAUCGGGGAGCUCCAACAGCUUGUUUACUUGAACUUGGAAUGUUGCAAUUCACUUGAGAAACUCCCAUACAGUAUAUGUAGGUUGAGAUCUCUUCAGAAACUUAUUCUCAGUGAAUGCAGGUCAAUCAAAGAGUUGCCUGAGUCCAUUG